AUGUCCGGUGCUACAGUCACUGUUAACGCUCCUAGUGGCCGACAAGUCAAGGUCAAUAUUGGUCUUUUCAUCAACAAUGAAUGGACCAGUGCAAAGGACAACGCUACAUUCGCUUCUAUUAACCCAGCUACUGAGACAGAGAUUUGCUCCGUUUCCAAGGCCUCUGCCGAAGAUGUCGACCGGGCUGUUGCUGCCACUAAGGAGGCCCUGGAUGGUCCUUGGAGCCAGCUGGAUGGCACUAGCCGAGGAAAGCUGCUCUUGAAGCUGGCGGAUCUUGUUGAAGCUGAACACGAGACUAUUGCGUCACUGGAGGCAGUCGAUGCCGGAAAGACAUUCACAAAGGCAAUGAAGGAUAUUCAUGAGGUUUUUGAGGUUUUCAGAUACUACGGUGGUUGGGCCGACAAGCACUAUGGUCAGACUAUCGAUGCUGGCAAGCACCGUUUCGCUUACACCAUUCGCCAACCCAUUGGUGUCACUGGAUCUAUUACCCCCUGGAACUAUCCCUUGAUUAUGGUCUCCUUGAAGCUCGGUCCCGCCCUCGCCUGCGGUAACACCUGUGUCCUGAAGCCUUCAGAAUUCUCGCCCCUCUCUGCACUUUAUCUGGGCAACCUCUUUGUUAAAGCCGGUUUCCCUCCUGGUGUUGUCAACAUCGUUAACGGCGAGGGUCGUGAAGCCGGAGCCCGUCUUUCGGAGCACCCGGAUGUUUCCAAGAUCAGUUUCACUGGUAGCACCGCCACCGGAAAGCAGAUUAUGAAGGCGGCUGCCCCCACAAUGAAGCGGGUUGCUUUGGAGACUGGUGGCAAGUCUCCUGUCAUUGUUUAUGAUGAUGCCGAUAUCCCUAACGCCCUCAAGUGGGUUUAUUACGGUAUUUACGCCAACCAGGGUCAGAUCUGUACUUCAACGGCCCGCAUUUACAUUCACGAGAAGAUCUACGACGAGUUCCUCAAGCGCUUCUUGGCUUACACUGAGAAGCACGCUAUCGUUGGCGAUCAGUUCAAGGAGGAGACAUUCAUUGGUCCCUUAGUUAGCAAGACUCAGUUCCAGCGGGUCCUUGACUAUAUCAAGAUCGGUCAGCAGGAGGGUGCUACUCUCAUCAAGGGUGGUGGUAUCUUCCCCGAGCGCCCUGGCGGCAAGGGAUUCUUUGUCCAGCCCACUGUCUUCGGCAACGUCACCCAUGAUAUGCGCAUUGCCACAGAAGAGAUCUUCGGUCCGGUCGGUGCCUUCUUCAAGUUCUCCGAUUCCGAGGAUAUUAUCAAGAUUGCCAACAACACCCGAUACGGUCUCUCUUCUGCUAUAUUCACUAAGGACAUGACUAGAGCUAUUAAAGUCUCGGAGAAGCUUGCUUCUGGUAUGGUUUGGAUCAAUUCUAGCAACAACUCAGAUUACCCUGUUCCCUUUGGAGGUGUGAAGGAAUCUGGUAUUGGUCAGGAAGGUGGUGAGGCGGCUCUGGAUGAGAACUCGGUCCUGAAGACCAUUUAUCUUAACCUGGAGUUGACAAAUGACGAGUAA